AUGUCUGGACAGAAUUAUAUUGAGGACCUCAAAGCUAUCAAUGAUCUAGCAAGCUCUGCCAAAGCACUUGACAUUCCUCGGGGGGCUUCCACAGCUCAAUGUCUGCACCCUAGCAUCCUAGAUUCAUCAGAGGACUAA